AUGUCCAGCUUCCUGUCUUCCACCGCGACGCUGCUGACAAGAACCAUCCUGUCCCCAGUCGCACCGCCGUCACUCUUUGCAGUCAAUGUCGAGUACUACAAGUCCACCAGCUCCUCGCCCAACACCGCAUCUUCCAGGUCUUCACCAAGCAUAGAAUCGCUUCUCUCGGCAACACAGACUCUCGACCCGGCCAAGAAGCCCACUUUCAAGCCAACCCCCUGGCUCUCGAGCGGUCAUCUCCAAACCAUCUACUCUGCUGUUGCCAACUUUUCGCAGAUCGAUGCUGUCGAGUAUCAACGGCGCGUGUUUCUCACACCGGAUGGCGGUACCAUCGGGCUGGACAUCUCACCCCCGUCCUUGGCACCCUCGGAGCAAGACUUGAAAACGCAAGCGCAUCCCGCAGCCGAUGGUCUGCCCACCGUCGUCUGCUUGCACGGUCUUACAGGCGGCAGUCAUGAGAGCUACGUGCGCAACUGCUUCUCGCACUUGACCAAACCCACCUCGCAAGGAGGGCUGGGAUAUCGAGCAAUCGUAAUCAACUUUCGUGGAUGCGCCAAUGUGCCUGUCACCUCGCCACAGCUGUAUUCAGCAUUGAAGAUCGCCGAUGUGCGCUCUGCAUUGCUGCUGAUCACCAAGCUCUAUCCAAGCUCGCCGCUGGUGGGCAUCGGAUUCUCUCUCGGCGCAAACGUGCUUGGUUGCUACCUUGGAGAGGAAGGCGACAACACUCCACUGCUAGGUGGCGUCAUUGUCGGUACUCCAUUCGACUUGAAAGCGGGCGCAGACCAACUCGAUUACGGCGGUUUCCUCUCGCAAAAGUAUUCCGUGGCCAUGGGCAACAACCUGCGACGCAUGGCAUGUAAGCACAAGGACACACUGGCACUCCAUCCACCCUUUCGUGCACUGCUCGAUGAUCUGUACGAUGCUCCUCCGCAGCCCAAAGCCGAACUCGAGCUGUACAAACAGCAGGUCAAGAACGGUGGUCCUCUACAGAACCAACGUGUCAUUAUCAAGCGUGGCUCGCUGAAAGCGGCAGAUCAGACCCUGACUCGAUUCGUCGGUGGUCUGCCCAAGCCUUACGGCGAGUUCCCGUUCGAAAGCGCCGAUGACUAUUACAUCAACGGUGGCUGUGCGGACAGGGUGAGCAACGUGCAGCGACCGAUGCUCUGUCUCUCUGCCGAGGAUGAUCCCAUUGUUCCCAGCCAGAUUUGGCAAAAGAUUCGCGCGGCAAUAGCAAGGAAUCCCGACGGUACACCACUCGAGGCAGAUGCACACGCAGAGUUCAACGAAAACGUGGUGCUUGCGUGGACCAAGGCAGGUGGGCAUCUGGGUUGGUUUGAAGGGAUUCGACCCAAACGAUGGCUGUACAGGCCCACGUCCGAGUUUAUCAAGGCGCUAUUUGACCAGACGUCGGAAGAGCAACAGGCGCGACUAAGGGCCAAGAGUCGGUGGGCCGAGGCCCAGGUGGAAGCGCGCGAGGUUCUAGUUGAACUCAUGCCAAAAGAAGCUUUGCCCGUGUACACGCUUCCCGGCCAAGGUGGACGAUCGAGUCGCUGGACUGACACUGAACUUGCACCAUCCAAGAGCGACAGCCAGCGCUCGAAUCCAAGUGGCAGUGACACGCCGUCUCGUCUAGCCGAGCUUGAUCGCGAUCUGCAGUCCGACAAGCUAGGCGCCGAAGACAGCCUGCUCAACCCCUCCGAUACGGGCUUCUCUGCCAACGCGCCACCCACCUCCUCUGAUACACAAGUCAACGACGGUCAGCACUCGACACUGCGUCUAGCGUGGCUGCUCACGCACGUGCUCAAAGAAGCACCGCUCGUCCACCCGCGCCACGCCAUCUAUGCUCCCUACAACGAACCGCAGUCGUCCGAUGCCGAUCAACGCAAGAGGCUAGGCUGGCAAAAGGUCACAUUGACCAUGUACACCGAUCGACAGCACCCGGAAGUCGGUUUCGCCGAGCUCGGUCCAGAAACGCGCGUAGCAGGCGCAGGCGAGACGUUCAGAGGCGGCAUCGACGUGCCCGGUGCAAGCAUGGAGCCCAAGCAAGCCGGCGUCCACGCAAGCGCCAACAACGUCAUCGCUGGAUUGUAA